AUGCCCCGCGGGGCGUCGAAAUCCCCUCGACACCCUCGCGGGUCGUCGAAAUCUCCCAUGGUGUCACCUCGAGCGACCGCGAACAAGGUGAACGGGGCGAAAGAUUCAGACGAAGACGAAGGUGUUGUUCCUCGUCCCGUAAAGAUGUCCGCGGUACCGCGCUCGCAGAAGCCCGAACCCACGGAUCUUCCCGCGGCGUUACGCGAGAUCGAUCGCCUUCGUUCGGUGCAGGAAAAGAACGCGACGAGCGCGAUGGCGGCGACGAGACGGGCGUUCGACGAGCAGGCGCGUUUGGAGAAACGCAUCGAGACGCUCGAGCGCGAGCUGGAGACCAAGUCGGAAGCGUUGACGGAGGGUUCGAAAAGGCAUGAGAGGGAUCGAGAUGAAUAUAAGAAGGCGCUGAAGACGGCUAAGAAGAAGGCACAGAAGCUGGAGAUGAAGUUGGAGGAGCAACGGGAAUUGACGAGAAGAGUGGAAGCAGAGGCUGGCUCGCGCGGAGGCGACGCAGGCGGCGGUGGAGAAAGUCAGCGGGAAAUCGAGCUCACUGAUCGAUGCGCGAGACAAGAAGGCGUGAUAUCGGCACUUCAGGGGCAAAUAGAUGAGCUGAAGACGACUUUGGAGGAUGAGCGGUCGCGGGGACAGUCAAAGGCGAGCGAGCAGUCUGCGGAGAUUGCUCGCAUAGGGGAAGAGUUGCGACGGGCGUUAGAGGAGGCUUCGACGAUCAAGGAAGAGUCUGAUAUGACUGUUGAGUCCAUGAGAGCCGCAUUGGAGGCCCAGAUUAGCGACGGGGGCGAUAGGAGUGGCGCUGAAGAAAUUGAGAGUUUGCGCGCAAGAGUGGAGGAACUCAGUGCCGCGGAAUCCGCAAGCAAGGAGACCUUGGCCAAACUGAAUCUCUUGCAGGAGAAGCAUGUCGCUCUGGAACGUUUGUUGGAGAAUGAGAGGGCUAACAAGGCGGCUCUACGCUUAGAGAAAGAAGAAGCAGAGAGACGCGUAUCGGAAGCCGAAGCCGCUGCGAUAAAUCAGGAAGAGUUGGAUGCGCUCAAGGAGCAACUCUCGCAACUUGCCUCUAAGACGGCUGAACUCGAAGGGGAGCUGUCGAAAGAACGAAAGUUACACGUGGAGACGAAAGAGAAAGCAAAGAAGGCUGAGAGUGAUAUGUUUUUAGUCCGAAAUACGUCGACUGCUGCAGAGAAGGCGAUUUCGGCUGCGCGUGCGGCCAUGGAUUCCGCAGAGGCUCGCGCGACGCAGUCAGAAAAGUUGGUCAGUGAGCGAGACGCCAGAAUUCAGCAGCUCUCCAUGGAUCUUGAUAACUACAAGCGUCGAGAAGAACAGCUAAAUGCGGAAUUGGGUAGCUCUUCUGUCUCGGAUCUUCGCAACAUGGAGGAAAAGCAGAGACAGAUCGACGAGCUUUCGGUGAAAAUCGUUGAACUCGAGUCCAAGUCCACGCAAGUAGACGAGCUCAAGCGGGCACUCCUCUCUGCAAACGAUGCCGCGACAGCUGCAGCACAGUCAAUAGAGGAGAGCGAGGCUGAGUUACUGGAAGAGCGCAAGAGAUUCAGCGUUGCAGAGAAGAAUUUGUUGGAAGCGCGUCGCUCAACGGAAGUAGCGUUAGACAAUGUUUCGCAACGCGAUGCCAUGGUUCUCAACUUGAAGAAAGAGCUCGAAGAGAUGUCGAAUCAAGUUAAAGAAGCGCAUUUGCAGCUACAGAUGGUGUCUGUGAGCUCAGUGUCACAAAAUAAGUUGCAAGAACAACUGGAUGUCGAGUUGGAUGCUGCAAACGCACUUGCGAAAGCCGCUGAAUCGCGCGCCGCCGGACUCACAUCCCAGCUCAAAAUAGCCGAAGACGCGAGGGACGAAGCCGUAAAGGAUGUCGCUCGUUUGAAACAUGAAGUAGAUUUGAGUCAACGCGCUCUUGAAGGGCUCAAGACGGAGCUCGCGAACGCUCAGAAUUCGCUCAAGUCGAGUAAAGCGGCGGCUUCGCGUGCUGUGCAAGAAGCUGUUAGCGCGAGUGGACGUCGAGCGCAGGAGCUCGCGAAACAGCUCGAAGAAGCCAAGACCAAGCUCAGCGAUGCAAAUACGAUCAUAGAUUCGUUGAAAACUGACAAUGGAGCUGUCAAAGUUCAGGUGAUGGAGCUUGAAACCCUCGUAUCUACACUCAGGGAGAAUCUUGAAACAAUCGAGCAAGACGCAGCGGCGAAACGUAAUGAUCAACUCGACAUGGAGUACAUGCGCCGUGAGGAGGAUUUACGAGCUGAGAUCAGCGAUCUCACACUCGAGUUGCAAGAAGUUCGCGAAGAUUCGUCGUCCAAAGUUGAGCAGGCAGAGCGGCGAGCUUCUGCGCUCGAUAGCCAAAUUGACGAGCUUGAGAGAGCGCUCAGUCAAAGCAGGGAUGAAAUUCGACAACUCACGCAAGAUUCGACGCUCAGGAGGGAGAAUUUGACACAGGAAACGCUGGAACUUCGCAAGAAGCUCGUUGAGGCGCAAGAAAUCGCGGCGAAUUCUUCGGGAAGCAUAGAGGCUGUCAAACGACGCUACGAAGCUCGUCUACGAGAUGCCGGUGAGUUGGCCGAGAAGCAGAUCAUUUCGCUCGUGAAAGAGCUGGAUCAAACGAAGGAAAUGAUGACACUCGCUCAAAACGAAGAGCAGCGCGCCCGCGAAGAGGCCGUGUGCGCAUCUAAGACGAUUGCUGAGAAAGAGACAGAGUUUGCCGAGCAGCUCGAGAGAGUUCGCAACGAGCUUCUCGUUGCACAUGAGGCAAAUCUCAGCUUAACUAGUGAACUAGAUGAGAUGAAGACUACUUGCGAAGAACUGCGACUUGCGAAGGACGCGAUGGAGGACGACUUAGUCGAAACCUGCUCACUCCUUGAGAAAGUAUCGGCGAAGGCCAACGACGCAGCGGACAAUUACAAGCAGACAACAGCUGAGAUGAACGCGACGAUGGAUACGAUGAAGCAGAAACUAGAGGGCGAAGUCUUGCUUGCUAUGGACCUUACGAAGGAAAAGGAAUUCAUCAUAAAAGAACUAGAGACACGGCAAGCUGAGCUCAGCGCACAAGUCGAAGCUCUUAAAGAAAAAUCUUUGUCAAGCUCCUCAAAGUUGGUUGCUUUAGAAACCAAUUUGAAAGAAGCAAGCAUCGCCGAGCGCGAGCGUCUUCUGGUUCUUCAGAACGAAAACAAGCGCCUGGAAAAGCGUUUGAAGGAUACCUGGACUGCGUUGCAGGGAGCUCACGCUGUAGUGGAGCAAACGAAGACAGCCGCAAAAGACGCAGUGCGCAACGCCAAUGCCGCCGCGGCAAAAGCAGAGAAAGUCGCCAUCAAAGCAAAACGUGAGCUCGAAGAAAUUCGCAGGAGUGCUCCGGCGACUGCAAUUAUCCGGAAAGUUACUGAAGCUGAAGAUGUGUCGCAGAUGCAAUCAUCACCACAGCUGUCGUCGCGGCACAGGUCUGCAACUUCACCUCAGUCGAUGUCUCAGAGAUCGUCACCAGCGCCAAAACUAUCCCCUGUGAAGCCUCCAUCCAAAGUACCUUCUCUCGAUGACGAGAUGCAGCGAGCGAGCGAUUUAUUAGAAAGACUCAGUCGAGCUUCGAGGGAACCGAGCUUGAGGGACGAUGGAUCCGUCGGCAAGAGCGAGACCUCGAGCCAAAUCGGUGCGGUUGGUGCUGCGGUGUUCGGCUAUCGCGGCGCGUAG